AAUUCCUUUAAGUAAUGGUCUCUCUCUAUCUCUAUAAAGCUUGAGUGUAUAUAUAUUAAAUUCCUCUGUAUCAUUCCUUAAACUGCUUACACCAAAAACUCAUAUCUACACUGCAAACAAAGAAGGGAAGAGCCUUUGAAAGUAACAAUGACCGCAGGAGAAAACCCUUUUGCAUCAAACACCUCUUCUCUGCAAAGCCAGCUUAAAGAAAAGGACAAGGAGCUUUUGGCUGCUAAAGCUGAAAUUAAGGCUUUGAGAACAAAUGAAGAGCUCAAAAACGGAGCAUUUGGGGAGCUUAGAGAAAACAUGAGGAAGUUGGAGGAAAGACUUGAAGUCUCUAAGAAUCUUGCUGAACAAAAGGAGAUGGAGAUGAAGAAGCUAGAAGAAGAGAAGGAAGAUGCAUUAGCGGCACAGGACGCUGCAGAAGAAGCACUGAGGAGGGUUUACACUCACCAACAGGAAGAUGAUGAUUCUCUACCCCUCGAAUCAGUUAUUGCUCCUCUUGAAUCUCAGAUCAAGAUUCAAAAGCAUCAGAUCUCUGCGCUUCAAGAAGACAAGAAAGCGUUGGAACGGCUGACAAAAUCAAAAGAAUCAGCGCUUCUCGAGGCAGAGAGAAUCUUGAAAAGUGCACUUGAACGUGCUUUGAUUGUUGAGGAGGUUCAGAACCACAACUUUGAGCUUCGAAGACAGAUUGAGAUCUGCCAGGAAGAGUACAAGUUUCUUGAGAAAAUAAACCGCCAGAAAGUGUUGGAGAUUGAGAAGCUCUCUCAAACCAUUGGAGAGUUGGAGGAAGCAAUCUUGGCGGGAGGAACAGCUGCAAAUGCAGUUAGAGACUAUCGCCGCCAAAUCUCUCAGCUCAAUGCAAAUAAAAGAACAUUGGAGAGAGAGCUGGCCAGAGUCAAAGUGUCAGCAAGUAGAGUGGCUCUUGCUGUUGCUAACGAGUGGAAAGAUGAGAAUGAUAGAGUAAUGCCUGUAAAGCAAUGGCUUGAAGAGAGAAGGCUUCUCCAUGGAGAAAUGCAGAAACUGAAAGAUAAGCUAGCUGUUUCAGAGAGAACAGCUAAGGCUGAAUCACAGCUAAAGGAGAGGUUGAAGCUGAGGCUGAAAACAAUAGAAGAUGGCUUGAAAAGUCCAAACAUGUUUUGUAUCUCUAGAACAACUACAAAGAGUGAAAAAUCUGGCAAGAUUUUAGGAUUCUUGACGAGUGGUGGUGGAGGAUCAAAGAAAAGGUCUAGUUCUCAGCCACGAGGCUCAGUUACAGGAAGAAUCCAUGCUGUUAAUCAGCCUAUCAACAGAGCUGCAGAG